AUGGACCCACCACCCAGCACCAGCAGAACACUGAGUUGUCUGUCCACUGGAGGUUACACAGCCUGCCUGGAUAGAGAGGUGUGUGCAUCUGUGAGGGUCACAGCUAAAUACACACACACACAGUAUGGGUAGUUAACGAUCUGAAAUGUGUUGUUUUUCCUCUCAGGCGCAGACAGGAGUACCUGCAUCUUGACAUUGCCCAGCUCCUGACAAAGCAAGGCAUAAACUCCAAUCUCCUGAUGCCUCAACACCAGAGAAUCCACUCCCACCUGUGUCAAACUACCUGCAUCUGGAAGUGA